GACCAGCGUCAGCAUGCUCAACCCUUUAUGCUGGCUGCUUUGCAAGAGCAACUGCGCAGGUGUGCGGGGAAGGUGGUGGACGGCCAGCGGAGCCCACUCCGGAAUCAGAUCCUGUCGUGGGCUCCCUCCGCGGUGCCCGAACUCGACAGCCUGUGCCACGUCAGCUCCCUCCAGGAGGUGACCCAGAGAUGCAAAGCAGCCUGCCAGUCGCCAGAGAAUGCCAACGGCUUGAGGCAAAGCCUCCGGAAGGUUUGCCGGGCCAUCAAGGAAUCGCACGUGCCCGCCGCGAAGCUGCGCAGCUCAGCCCUUCUGGAAAGGCUUCAAGCCAGCGUCGCGCUGCGCGAGCUGGAGACAGAUCUGGACCAACUGGAGGCGAGCAUCCAAGCUGCUCGCAAGUCCUUGGGGUGUCUGCGGCGUCCACAGGCGGGCGAAGUGGCCAUGAAGUCCAGCAGGAACAAGGCUCGGCAAGAAGCUGUGGCAGAGCCGAAGGAUGUGGAGGUGCAAGUCGCGGUGCCCAGUGCAGGGCCAACUGCGCCUAGUGCGAAGCAGACGGUGGAGAAGCCAGAGGCGGCCGUCGAGAAGAGGACUCCGGCGAAGACUGUGGUCAUCAACUGCGCGAACGUUGGGACCGUCUAUUCUGAAAGCCGCCGACAGCUCUAUGCCGAGAAGCUUCCCCCAAGCACGGAGACAGGCCCAUCCAAAAGAGGCUUCGACUGGGACGGCGUGAGGAGGGUCUUCGACUUCUACGAGAGCCAUGGGUUGCAACCACAGGGCGUCUGCAAGUUCAGGACGGAGAAGAUGUCCCCAGUGCCAUCGGACCUAAAGUCGAGGGUCAUCGUCUGCCCUGUGGUGGAUGACCAACGAGAUGUCGAUGACUUGUUCACCAUUCGCUUGGCAAUGCGUUAUGGCUGCCAGCUCGUGGACAACGACAACUACAGAGAUUGGAAGCAUGAGGAGGGAAAGUUGGGAACGAGCGAUGACAUCCGGGACUGGCUCCUGGGUGACGGAGCGCAGCUCAAGGUCACCUAC